ACCUGUCAGCCCCCGCUGGGACGUUUGGAGGUGCAUUGCCACCAACAUGAUUUGGGGUGUUUUGCUGUGCUGCCUUUUAACAUUUGCAGCUGGAUAUCAAAGCCCGGGUCGACUGCCUUUCUUUCACGGACAUGUUUUUGAGAACUCGCCCGCGGCUUCCAAAGUGAGCGGACUUAGCAUCCCGGUGACGCGCAUCAACGCGCAAAAAUGGUGUCAGCUCUCCGGGAUGCGCCUCAGUCUGCACGGGAACGGCAGCGACGAUUUCCGCGUUGUUGCCCACCACAGGCGGGGGAGCGUGCUGCUGAAAACUUCCAGGGUUUUGGACAGAGAAGCUCGCUCCGAGUAUCUGCUGAGUGUGGGUCUGUGCUGCCAGACGUGCGCGCCGGAGACGGCAGUCGUCGAGGUGGCGUCGGUGAAAGUGGACAUUUUGGACACCAACGACCACGAGCCGACGUUCGUCCACGCGGACAGGAUCCACAUAAGUUUGGACGACACCGCCGCUCUGCGCAGCGCCGUCUACAGGCUGCAGGCUGCGGAUGGAGACAGCGGGAAGAACGCAGAGCUCACGUACACCUCCAUCCCCCAAAACGGCACUUUCUACGUAGUCCCGAAAACGGGCGAAGUUUUGCUGGUUGACUCCAUCUUGGGUCUCUCCUCCACAAUCAGCUUCUAUGUAUAUGCCAGAGAUCACGGCUGGCCCUCUCUGACCAGUAAAGCCGUGCUGGUUACAGUUGAUCCCAAACGGUGGCCGACGCGUCCUGCUGGCACACCGGGGCCACUGAGGGCAGGACGGCUCCCGAGGGCGCUCCUCGAGUCCGGCACCGUGACGACCCUGAACGUGUCUGAAGAUGCAGGCGUGGGCUCGAUCGUAAUGAGCUUGAAUCCCACCAGGUUUCAGACAGCCGCCUACGAGCUCAUUUACCCGGAGGUGGAGGGGGCUCCGGUGUCUGUUGGCCGCGACAGUGGAGAUAUCACCAUCACCCGGAGGCUGGACAGGGAGACGGAACCUGUGGUGGAGCUUACUGUUAAGAUUCGAGACAAACGAGGCCCAGACUGGUACCUGAACAAGGUGAAGCUGAAGAUCACUGAUGUCAAUGACAACGUUCCUGAGUGGAAUAUGAAGCCAUACCCCUACCUAGCUGUUGUGUCUCCUGAGGCCCCUGCAGGAUCAUUUGUCUACCAGCUUGAGGCUACUGAUGGGGAUGAGGGCAAAAGUGGAGAGGUGGAAUACUUCUUGUCAGACGGCGGUGAUGGCUGCUUUGCUGUAGACAAAAAGACAGGCCAGGUGGUGACCACAGGGCUGGUGCUUCAGAGAGACAGAGAAUACCUGUUAAGCGUGGUGGCCAUUGAUGGCGUGGGAAGUCGCAGCGCACCUGCCAUGCUCUCUGUGGUGGCAGGAGCCAGAGCGCCACAGUUCACCAACGGCAGCUACGCCAUCUCCAUACCAGAGAACACACCAGAAGGCCAGCCCUUCCUUGUGGUUUUAGCCAUUUCCUUCCAGAAGCAGCAAAUCAGCUACAGCCUGCUGAUCAAUCCCAGCAGCCUGUUCAGCAUUCGACAGGAGACCGGGGAGAUCAGUCUGACCAGAACGCUGGAUUAUGAGAGCGAUCAGCGGCGCUACCUUCUGAUGGUGCGAGCCAACGAGGAGCCGGGCAGCCUCAGCACGGCCACAGAGGUUCAGGUGUUGAUAACGGAUGAAAACGACUGCGUCCCCGAGUUCCUCCAGUCCAUCUACAGUGUCGACGGAGUUCCCGAAACUGUAACCACGGCAACAUCCCUGCUGCAAGUUUUAGCCACGGACUGCGACUCAGGGUUAAAUGCAGAGCUCACUUAUUACACCCUAAGCCCAGAUUUCAGCAUCUCACCCCACGGGACCAUUUUCCCUGCGAGGAGGCUUGAUUAUGAGAGGCCAAACCAUUUGUAUGAGUUUGUGGUGAUGGCGGUGGACGGUGGGGAUGAGCCUCAUUCUGGUACCGCCACGGUGCGAGUGAGGAUGGCAAACAUCAACGACGAAGCCCCUGAAUUCUCCCAGCCUGUGUGUCUGUCUCGGUGGGUGGGCGGACACAGAGCCAAACAAACAGGGUUGAUCCGUCUCCGCUCCACCACGCUGCCCAAGCUUCAGGGCUUGGAGUAUGUCCUGAAUGUAACAGCCACAGAUGACAACGCAUCAGGUGGGCCGCACCCACUCACCUCCACUGCCCGAGUCAUCGUUGGAGUUGAUGAUGUGAACAACAACAAACCAAUUUUUGAAGAGUGCCAGCAGUAUCGUGAGCAGGCUUCAGUGCUGGAGAACCAGCCGGCGGGGACUUUUGUGUUGCAAGUGCAUGCGGUGGAUGCAGAUGAGGGAGCAAAUGGAAAAGUCAAAUAUGGCCUAAUGCACAGAGACAGCGCCAUGCCCGCCUUCAGAAUCCAUCCAGAUUCAGGAGUGAUCGUAGCAGCCAGGCGCUUUGACAGGGAACGUCAAAGAGAGUACUCAAUUACAGUAACGGCCACUGAUUGGGCUGAGGAGCCCCUCAUCGGUAUCUGUCAGCUCACUGUCCAGAUACUGGAUCAGAAUGAUAACAGCCCCAAGUUUGAGAAUUUGCGCUAUGAGUACUUCUUGAGAGAAGACACUUUGGUUGGUACCAGUUUCCUCCGUGUGGCGGCUCAUGAUGACGACUUUGGCACUAAUGCUGCCAUCACUUACUCCAUGUCUCUGGAGCAGCCCGAGUACCUUCGGGUCAACCCUGUCACUGGAUGGGUCUAUGUUAACCAACCCAUAUCUCAGAGGACUUAUAUCACGCGGGACAUUACAGCAACAGAUGGAGGAAAUCGCAGCACUUCUGUGGAGCUGGCAGUCACCAUCACUAAUGUGAAGAACCAGCCUCCACAGUGGGAAAAACAAAGCUACAACGUUGUCAUACCAGAGAACUCUGCCAGGGACACACCCAUAGUGACAAUCAAGGCAACCUCUCAGCUGGGUGAUCCAAGAGUCACCUACAACCUUGAGGAUGGGCUGGUUCCUGAAACCAACAUGCCAGUUCGUUUCUACCUGUCCCCAAACCGUGAAGACGGCUCAGCGUCCAUCCUGGUGUCAGAGCCGCUGGACUACGAGACCACUCCUUUCUUCUCGCUCCGGGUCCGGGCACAGAAUGUGGCUGCGGUGCCUCUCGCUGCUUUCACAAGAGUAUACGUUAAUAUCACAGAUGUCAACGACAAUGUGCCAUUUUUCACAUCCUCAAUCUACGAGGCCUCGGUAACAGAAGGGGCCCAGAUUGGGACUUCAGUUCUCCAAGUGUCUGCCCAUGACAAAGACCUGGGACUUAAUGGAGAGAUCGCUUACUCUCUGCUUAGCGACAGCAGUGGUGACCACAAUUUCUUUCGAAUCGACCCAAAAGAUGGGAUUAUCUCCACAGAGGCUGUGUUUGACCGGGAGGCCCGUAGCUCCUACCUGCUGGAAGUUCAGUCAGAAGACGGCCAAGAAUCAGCACGACCUGGCAAAAACAAGCAGCCCAACACUGACACAGCAUAUGUGAGGGUUUUCAUCAGCGACGUCAACGACAACAAACCUGUCUUUGCUCAGCGACUGUAUGAAGUCCAUGUCGACGAGAAUGCAGAUGUGGGCUUGGCCAUUGUCACUGUUGGUGCUAAUGAUGAGGAUGAAGGUGCCAAUGCCAAGCUGCGUUACCAGAUAACGUCUGGCAACAAAGGUGGUGCCUUUGACAUUGAACCAGAAGUUGGAACAAUCUUUAUUGCGCAGUCACUUGACUAUGAGAAGCAAAAAAGGUAUAAGCUCCUGGUUCUAGCUUCAGAUGGCAAGUGGGAGGACUAUGCCGCUGUUGUAGUCAAUGUUGUCAAUAAGAAUGACGAGACACCUGUGUUUUCCAUGACUGAGUACUACGGAUCAGUAACAGAGGAGCUUGAUGGGUCACCUGUGUUUGUGUUACAGGUGACGGCCACUGACCCGGACAAAGAUGCAGACCAGGGUGCCAUACGUUACUCCAUUCAUGGCCAAGGUGCUGAGUCACAUUUCAUGAUCAACGACAUCACAGGGGAGAUGUAUGCUCAGCGCACCAUGGACCGAGAAGAACGGGCCGUGUGGCGCUUUGUUGUCAUGGCGACGGAUGAAGAAGGCGACGGACUUACUGGUUUUACGGAUGUUAUUAUCAAUGUGUGGGACAUCAAUGACAAUGCACCUACCUUCUUGUGUGCACCUGAUAAUUGCCAUAGUAACGUGGCUGAGAAUUCACCUCCUGGAACAAUUGUCAUGGAAAUGACAGCAGUUGAUCUUGACGACGCAGCUGUAGGUCAAAACGCCAUUCUCACGUAUCGGAUUACAGGGAAUGCACGUAAUUCAAACAAUGCAGAACUUUUCAUUAUUGAUUCCAGCACUGGCACAAUAUCUGUGACAGCAGAGGGUUUGGACCGAGAACGUGCAGACAACCACCAUGUGAUAGUUGAAGCCAGGGAUGGUGGGGGUAUGACAGGCACAGCCACUGUCACUGUUGUGGUAACAGACAUCAAUGAUCAUGUACCAAAAUUUAAAGAGGAUUGGUGUGGUGUUCAUGUUCCUGAGAGCACACAUGAGGAUACUUUGCUUCUGGAGCUGAGUGCUGUGGAUCCUGAUGAUGGCACGUACGGACAGCUGGCGUUCAGUGUGGUGGCAGGAGAUUCAGAGCAACAAUUCUACAUGGUUAGUAACAGAAUGGAGCAAAAAGGCACAUUGAGACUGAAGAAAAAGCUGGACUUUGAGCAGCCAGAGGAGCGACAGUUUAACCUCACCAUCAUGGUAGAAGACUCAGACUAUUCCAGUGUUAUCCACUGUUUGAUUCUGGUGGAGGAUGAAAAUGAUAAUGCCCCUGUGUUUAUCCCAAACUCCCACUUGCUCUCUCCUUUGCCCGAGGACAUAACUGUAGGAACCAGCAUCAUUCAGGUGGAGGCCACUGACGCUGACUCAGGUCUGAAUGGGGGCAUUUUUUACAGCAUCGUUUCUAAUUCAGACCCCUUUGGACACUUUACAGUCAGCCGUAUCGGUGUUGUCACUGUCACCAAGCCACUGGAUAGGGAGACAGUGGCAGGUUAUGAGCUGGUUGUCAUGGCGACAGACCGUGGUACACCAGCGCUGACUGGCAGCGUUACGGUCCACUUGCCACUGCUAGACAUGAAUGAUAACGGUCCAGAGCUGGAGACAGUCUACACACCUGUGCUGUGGGAGAACAAUCCAGCACCUCAAGUGGUCUGGCUUAACAGGAGCUCAACUCUACUUCAUGUUGUGGACAGAGACUCCCCAGAGCACGGGCCUCCUUUUAUUCUAUCUCUGCCUUCAGUUUUCUCUGCUGACUUCCACCUACAGGAUCAUGGGAACGGCUCUGGCACACUCACCACCCUGCGCAGAUUUGACAGGGAAAGGCAGAGUGAGGUUUACUUGCCAGUGAUAAUGAUUGACAGUGGUGUUCCGCCAAUAACAGCAACAAACACCCUCACCAUCACUAUUGGCGAUUAUAAUGAUAACGCCCAUCAGGCAGGAGAGAAAGAUGUCUAUGUUCAUAGCCACAAGGGACGGACAGGAAAUGCAGCACUUGGGAAGGUGUAUGCCCCAGAUCCAGAUGACUGGGACAACAAGACCUACAGUCUGGAGGCAAGCGCUGCCAAAUACUUCAGUCUGAAUCAGAGCUCGGGGGUUCUGUCUCUUCGACAAAACACUCCGUCUGGCAGCUACUGGCUGAGAGUAGGUGUAUCUGAUGGGGUGUGGCCUGAUGUGAUCUCAGGAGUCAGGGUUCAUGUCAGGGAAUUGGACGAAAAGGCCAUUCUGUCGUCCGCCUCGCUGCGUUUGACAGGCAUUACAGCGAGAGAGUUUAUCGACUCCAGCGUCGAAGGGAAAAGUCGGCUGGAGGCAUUCUGGGACUUCCUGUCUGAAACCCUGUCCAUCAGACCAGGAAGUAUCAACAUUUUCAGUAUAGCCGACAGAGAGGAGAAAACCAUGGACGUCCAUUUCUAUGUGCUAACUGAUAAUGGCUACUUACGGCCAGAGAAACUGCACGGUGUCCUCGCGACACAUAAAAGGGAGCUGCAGCCGCUCCUUCGUGCGAGUGUGAGCCAGGUGCAGGUAGAUGAGUGCGUGCAUGCAGACUGCAAGACAUCCGGCGGCUGCUACACACAGUUAAGCAUCAGUGACUCACCCACCUUGAUAGACUCUGGUGCUCUGUCCCUGGUCUCAGUGAAAGUGACGUCCUCGGCUGUGUGCGGCUGUGCUGCCAGAGAAAUGACCCGCCGACCCUGCUCCACCUACCCCACUAACCCUUGCCACAAUGGAGGAACAUGCAUUGACACACAGAACGGAUACAGGUGCCGCUGCCCCCCACAGCUUGAGGGGCCAGACUGUCAGCAGACGAGACUUAGUUUCCAUGGCAACGGCUAUGCCUGGUUUCCUCCCAUAAGGCCAUGCUUUGAUAGCCAUCUUUCACUCGAGUUUAUGACAGAGGAAGAUGAUGGACUGCUGCUCUACGCGGGCCCCUUGGCCACGCUUUUACCUGGGGAUACAGAAGACUACAUAGCAAUAGAGCUGGUUGGUGGGAUGCCUAGCCUUAAAAUCAACCAUGGCUCGGGGACCCUAGUCCUCCAGUUAACAAAUGUUGGGGUGGCUGACAGACGCUGGCAUCGCCUUGAUGUGAAGAGCAACAGUAAAGAAGUCCGCUUCACUCUGGAUCGAUGCUCCAGUGCUAUUGUCAUGGAGGCAGAAGGUGUGGAAGCAUGGGCCAUGACAGAGGACCGCUCAUCCUGUGAGAUCAGAGGCGUCACACCAAACAGGGACAGGUACCUGAAUGGAAGUCACGUGCUGCAGCUCGGAGGAGUCAAUGAGAACAUAUCGUAUGAAUAUCCUCAGCUGCAACACAAGCACUAUACUGGAUGUAUAAGAAACCUGCUUGUGGACAGCAAGCUGUAUGACCUUGGUUCCCCCGCUGAAUCCUCCAACACUUUGCUGGGCUGCAGUCUUAUUGACAACCACUGCACCGACGUGGAGCAGCUUUCCUCUUGUAGCAAGAGGGGCAGCUGUCACGGGGAGAGGGGCUCUUUCAGCUGCCUGUGUGAAAAAGGCUUUACGGGCCCGCAGUGCAAUCAAUUGGCUCCGGAGUUUUCCUUUGACGGUCGGAGCCACGUUCAGCUCCAGCUCGAGUGGUCUCUGCCUGCGCGGAACACCAGAGUCCAGAUUGGGGUUCGGACACGUGCCGGAGCGGGUGUCAUCCUCAGCUUGCUGUCCCAGGAGCAGAGCGAAUACCUACGCUUAGAGCUUGUUCAGGGCCUGCUGGUUGUUUUCUACAAUCUUGGAGAUGGAGACUACAACGUCACCCUAGCUUACCAUCGGCUUGAUGACGGGGAGUGGCAUGAAGUUGAGCUGGAUCGCUACGGAAGAGAAUUUACCCUGAGACUUGAUGGAGGUGGGGGGCGACUGGAGGUUACAGCCUCGCCUGGCCAGAGUCAGGAAAUCAUUAUAGAUCCCACUGUGGUCAUGAUUGGAAACUCUUUUCCCUCUGGACACAACCACAGCUACCUUGGCUGUUUGCGUGAUGUGAGGUUUAACGGGCGCCUCAUCCCCCUGGAUCAGGAACAGCGUUCAGAAGAGCUUCAGGUGGUCACGGCGCAGGGUGUCUCUGUUGGUUGCUCAUCAGAUGCCUGCAGAAAACAUCACUGCUCCCCUCCCUUGGUGUGCGUGGAUCUCUGGAGGCAGCAUGAGUGCAGGUGCCCUCCAGGCCACAUGACCAGAGAGAGCUCCUCGGGCAGAGUGUGCGUGUACACGCUGUGCGCUAGCCGGCCGUGUCGCCACGGCACGUGCGUGGCUCACUCUCCGGCACGCUACUCGUGCCUCUGCAGCGAGGGCUACCGUGGGCGGCACUGCGAGGUGUCACUCGCCGUGUUCCACAGCGAGGACAGCAACAGCCUCAGCCUGAGCUCCAUGUUUGCCAUCAGCAUCUGUGUCAUGGCCUUUCUAGUGUUGAUGCUGGGGCUGUUUCUCUACUCCUGCUGGAGGAGACACAAGGGCCUCAAGGAGGGGGUUUACCAUGUGUCUGCUCACCAUGGCGAGUGGGAGGACAUCCGAGAAAACGUGCUCAACUACGACGAAGAAGGUGGAGGAGAGCAGGACCAGAACGCCUUUAACAUGGUGGAAUUGCAGCGCUCCCUUCAGCCCAGCCCUGCACAGUCGCUGCGCUACAGCUAUCCACAAAACGUCAACGGCUACCCACAGACUAAGCUUCCUCAGGACAACAGCAAAAAGGUCAUGUUGAACGGGAACGGCAGCGCAGCCAUUGCUCUGCGUCUGGCCAUUCCCCCCUCAGAGGCAGAAACCUUAUCUUCACCUUUGACCUUCCGUCGCUCUCAGCGAGCCUUUUCGUUCUCCAGCCAAGACUUGGCUCGCUACCUUUGUGAGGUCAUGAGGGACAUGGAGCACACAGAGGAGCUCAGCACCAUGACAACGCCACGCCGUCCCAACGGGAAGGAGCGCAGCCUCUCCUCAGUGCACUCGCUCAGCUCUCUGGAUGCAUCUCAGGGCUCAGAAGUCAGGCUGCACGCAGCACACAUAACCCGGAUGGACACGUUCAAAGCCCUCCGAGCUGUGGUGUGUGAUUUAAGAGGAGACUCUAAAGCUCCAGAAGGCCAGAGAGACAAACUUAAGGGGAGCAGAGGGCAGCUGAGCUGUGAGAAGAACAUGUGAGGCUGCACUCUUCAAGGUUCUGAAACAGCAGCAUUAAUCAAAAGUCAAUAGUGUAAAUCCAAAG